GCUGAGCCUGUCACACAGGCAGUUGGCCAAGCCCUCCACGGCGGCCAGGCCUGUGAAGGCGGCGCAGCUCCAGCAGGCUCUGGCACAGGGCGUCCUGCAGACAGAAGGCACAUUACACGGUCUGCGUGCUGCUGCGCCAGGGGUCGCUGUGGGGCUGCACAGUGUCGCUGGGGACUACACCGCUGCUGAGCUCCCUGUGCAUCCCCAGGAGCUCUCCGCCAGCUCCCAGCACAGAUAUCUCAGGAUGAGCAGGCAGAGUCCACUGCCUCUGUUUGAGCUGGCCAAGCAGAGCCUGCUAAAGAGGGAAACCAUAGCCAGCACUGCUCUGCAUGGCCUGCCCUCCACAAUCUUCCAUGAUUUAUUCAUGGAUGCCUUCAUGGGGGAACGCAAUGAGGUCCUGAAGAUGAUGGUGCAGGCCUGGCCAUACCCUUACCUCCCUCUGAGGAGCCUGAUGGUUUUGAUUAAACGGAGGACCCCACACACUCAGUUGGGAGAAACCACACUGCAAGAGAGAAACCUAAGGACCCUGGAAUCCCUACUGGAUGGAGCUGAUACACAGCUGUCCCUGAAGGUUCACCACAGGACGUGGAAACUGCAGGUACUGGACUGGAGGGAUGUACACCUGGACUUCUGGACUGCAGGGCCCAGAGCCAUGAGUGUUGCUCACUCAGCAGAAGCCAGGAAAAAGGAAAUGGGCAAGCCUGGGUUAAGAUACCUGAGUCCAGGAGUGAACACUUCACCCUCAAAAAACCAGUCCUAUUCCCAUAUCUAUGCUUUACACUUAGGACAGCUGGAAAGUCUCCGGGAGCUUCACAUGGAUGCAUUGUUCUUCUUGGAAGGAACUCUGCAUAAGAUCCUCAGGUGCCUGAAGUGCCCCUUGGAGACGCUGUCAUUAAGGGACUGCCAGCUUUCACAGGAUGACUGGAACCAGCUACCCCAGUCUGAGCAGACCCGACAGCUAAAAUACAUGGGUCUGAUUCGUAUCAGACUGACUGAUUUCAGUCCUGAGCCCCUGCGAAUUCUGCUGGAUAAUGUCGCAGCCACCCUGACCACCCUGCGUUUGGAAAACUGUGGGAUCACAGAUGCGCAGGUCUGCGCCUUUCUGCCUUCACUGAGCUGCUGCUCCCAGCUCACCACCUUCUGCUUCAUAAGGAAUUUCAUAUCCAUAGCCACCAUGAAGAAGCUGCUGGGCCACACUGCCAGGCUCAGGAGCUUAAACAGGGAGCUGUAUUCUGUUCCUCAAGAGAUUUAUGUUCCCAGGGAUGGUACUCUUCAGCAGAUGUGGAACGAGGUACAAGAAGCACUUAGGGAGAUGAUGAAACCACUAAACCACCCCAGGACAAUCUUGUUUUGUGUUUCCCAUGAUGUCUUUCGUCAAAGGGUAGUGUACUCCAUGCACCCUAAUCCAUGCCCGGCCUGUAUCCCCAUCUAG